AUAUUAUUAGUUCUCAAUACAUCAUAUUUUUUUUUUUUUAAAACAUUAACAAUGGUUGAUGCUUCCAAUAGGAUGAGUACAUUUCACACCUGUUCAAUCGUGCUAUCACUCAUCCUUAGCCACUGCACCGUGGAGACAGUAGCUCAUGCAAGCAAUCCCAUUCCGCGCUGCUGGGAGAAGAUGUGCACACUGUCCGAUGGCGCCAACAUCCUCGGCCAGUAUGUAGAUGGUAUCAGGGGAGAUGUUUACUAUUUACAUUGCCAAGUGCGAAACCAUGAAGGCAUCGCUUGGCACUAUUCAACACUGCGCGACUGGCUGCACGAUAUUCCGGGUAUUUCCGUUUUCGCGCGCGUGGAGUGCACGAAUGGAUCUUCCAUUUCUUUACCAUGGCCAAUGAGGGCCCGAGGCGUCGUCGGUCUGUCUAUCCACAACUGUAUCCUGAGGGACAAGUACCUUGAAUUUCAAAAUCAGACCAUCUCCGAUAUCCCGGACCAACUUCGCGUGCUGGAGAUACGAGAUUCGGUUUGGUUCAGCGACGACGAAAGUUUCAACAAAAUGACGAAGCCCGCCAGCCUUGCGAACUUGACCGCGGACUACGACUGCGGUCAGGACAGCACCUUAGAGUACAUGGUGGCCAGCAACGUCAGCUACGGGAUGGACUCGGUCUCGGCGCCCAACGACCAAGGACUGCAGGGUUCCGCCGCGGUAGAUUUUGACCUGGAUGCGAUGUUGGCGAAGAGUAAGCCGUCCCCGGAUUCGGGGAACUCGCUGGAAAACUCGGUGCUGCUGGAGGCACUUUCAGGUGGUGGCGACAAGCUGUCGACGUACGGGAGCGAGAGGUAUGUGAGCCCACCCGUGACCAGAACGCCGGAGAAUUUGACAGAGGAGUUCUUGGAGCUGGUCAAGAAGCUCGAGGGCUUAGAUUUUAAAUGCAACUACCUGAAGCUGAGGGUCAUCGACGAGAGCUACCCGAAGAUCAUGAUCGCGAACCACUUCAAGUUCAUGCUCCAAAACGCCAAAUACCCAGAGCUGAGGGUCAUGAACUACACGAGGUCGGGUCUCGGAGCAUUACCGCGGGAGCUCAAAGAACACAGGAUCCAUUUCCCCAAACUCGAGUACCUCGACCUGUCCGAGAACAAAAUAAAGAGCAUCGAUCUUGGAGCGCAGACGGCGACCUCCGGGCACGUGAUCGUCGAUUUAAGUCAUAACCUGAUCGCCAAUGUGUCCCUUGAGGAUGUGGUCGCCUGGUCUAGGGUGGAAGACGUGUUCGUCGACAUCAGGAACAAUCCCAUCCACUGCAGCUGUGACAUGAAGCCGCUGCUCGACUACGUCGGCGCCAACGGUUUCUUCGCGGGCGCGCUCGCCCCUUACGCGUACAUCCGGGACUUGGAGUGCGCCACCCCCGACGUGCUCAGGGGCCGGAAGUUAUCGACGCUGAACUUGGAUUGCUGGGAGCACGCGAGGACGAGAGGCCCUGAGGUAUCGGGAUGGGCGUCGGCCUCCACCUGGGCCAUCGCUGGCUGUUGUGCGUUCGGUGUGGUUAGCACGGUGGCCGUGGUAGCGGUUGUGCUCAAACUUAGAACAGGUAGGCAUAGAUCUUCAACGGACCAUAAAAAUAUCCCCAAAACGCCUAAAGGUGUUUAGAUGUUACGCAGAUUAGAAAUGUUUUAAGUUUGUUAUAUAGCAUAUUUUUAAACUGCAUGCAACCGGAUACUGUCAUUUUUUAAAAAUGCGCGACAUUUUUAGAGCGCAUGGCAUACAUUUACGUAGAUGAGGCGGCGGUAGAGAAAGAUGUGUACUACCUUUGUGCAAAGCGAAUGCAAUUAAUGAGAACCGUUGGGGCGCCUCGGCUCUACUAGAUUAUCCAAUGACAGUUUUUUUUUUUUUUUUUUUUUUUUUUUUUUUUUUUUAAUUUUAUUAAUAUAAGAUAUUGAUCUCAUCAUUGCAAAUAUCUCUGCUCUUCAAGUUACUAAAUGACUUCAAUGUUCUGAACAGGAGUUGGCUACGAAAAAAUAUAUAUUAUCGUCUCUUAAAACUUAUAAGGUAUAAACCUACAUAUCGUAAAUCUUCACGCUAUGAGCCCACAGACUAUAUAAGACUGCAGAACGUCAAACUAAAGAUUAACCCUCUCAAUAUAAACGAACAGGGUAUCAAACUGCAGUAAAUAAAACCUACAUAAUCUCAAACUACAGAUUGUAAAACCUAAAGAAAAAAUUAAAACCUAUAGAAUCUCUAUUUACAGAUUGUAGAGCCUAAAAAAAAUUAAACCUACAGAAUCUCAAUCUAAAAACAGUAAAACCUAUGUAAUCUCACCCUAAAGACUUUGAACCCCACAGAUGGUAAAACCUUCAGACAGUAAAACCUACAGAAUUCAACUUCCAUACAGUCAUACCUAUAGAAUCUCAACGUACAGACUGUCAACCUCAACACAAUGAAAGCAGCUGACUACAAUCUUACCUUUUCUUUCAGUCCACGCAGUGGCGUAGCUAGGGUUAGUGCAGACCGGGUGGGUCAAGAGUUUCGCCGAGCUCAUUAUAACAAAGGUUAUGUAAUUACCAUUAUCAUUUUAACAUGCUAAACUCAAUUCACCCAAACUUCACUGACUAGCCUGUAUUUAUAAACGGUCACAGGAUAAGCCCAAACCAACAGGAUAAGCCAACACCAACAGGAUAAGCCCACAGAAGCUUAACAGCUACACAGGCAGGUGAAUGGCUUGCUGCGAUAGACGCACUGCACCAACAAAUUCACGUUUUUUUUUGUUGUUUUUUUGUUUUUUUUUUGGGGGGGGGGGUUGGGGUGGGGGGCUUGUGUAAAAAGAAUGACACACAUAUAUACACUUACUGAAUCAAGCGUAACAAUCAUGAAAUAAAUUGAUACAUAUUUAUAGGCAUUUAUUCUAUUUACGCAUGUUCAUUAUCGAUCACUCGUCCCGUUAACAAGGUGACAAUACAAAUUUAUUUAUUUAGGCAAUUUUGUAUAGCGCUUACCUUACAGCUCUAAGCGCUUUACAAUUAUUAAAAAAAUAUGUAAACUAUUUAAACUGCUAAAGUACAAUAAAAAAUAAAAAAACCAGAGACACUAGAAAUCGUAUCUCAUGAUAUAACACAGAUGUAUGUGUUCAAUAGAUCAAGUAGUACUGCAUGUCUUCAAAUAUUUAAUAAUCGAUAUAGAAACCAAUCAAUGAUUAUUUUAUUUCUUGUUUGUAGCCUACUAACAAAUGCACGUUGCACGAUGAUAAAACUAUUAUGUUGAACUCUUGAUCCCCUGCGUUUUACAAUUAGUAUGAUCAUCAAAUAAUUUGUAUGGUGAUGUGGCCAUGGAUAUGGUUUAAAUUGAUAUUAUUGGCAAUAAAUUGUGUCCGUGAACAUGAUUUAAUUGGCAAUAAAUUGUGUCCGUGAACAUGAUUUAAUUGGCAAUAAAUUGUGUCCGUGAACAUGAUACAUCUGACAUCAGCUGCCAAGGUUGUAUAUGGACUAAUUAUAAAAAGAGUUGGACUGCGAUAAAGCUUUAAAAUCGAUUAAUUAGACACCAACAAUGUGUGUCAAUAUAACAAUAUAAUUUAAGCUUUAAUUAAUAAUUAUACAUAAUACCCAAGUAAACGUUUCGGC